AGAAAAAUGGACGAAAUGGAAGAUUUCUUCGAAAAUGAUGAAUUGGAUCGAGAGCCAAGCCCUAUGGGAGACGAAGCAAUCGAAGAUAACAGCGGCGAGGGAGGCACUAGACGAGUCGUGGAGCCGAAAUUGUUAAGGACUAAAAGACUAGCAAAUCCACGCCUAGCACUGAAUGAGCGAAUUUUGACCGGGCCGAAAGGAAUUUCAGCUCUUCGGGAGACUUUAAAAGAUUUCAAGCCAAAUCCCAAGGAUGAUCCGUACGCAAAUCUGGAGAAAUUGAUGAAAAAAUACGCAUACUGGGGACAUUUGAUGUUUCCGAAGAUGAAAACCGAAGAUGUUCUGAAUCGAGUCGAGACACUGGGAACACGGCGGCAGGUUAAAGUUUUCAUGAUCAAGCACCGGCUUGGAGAGACUGGCGAGGAUUCUGAGCACGAGGAGCAGGAGAAUCAAAAGAAUGGAAUUAUUGAUGAUGGAGCGAGUGAUAAUGACGAUGAUUUAUUCAAGGAUUUACCAGAGAAAGAAGUCACGACUGAAAAAGCUAAAAAUUCUGAAAAAUCCGACCAAAAAACCGCUGAAAUUGAUGAAAAUGUCGAGGAAGAGUAUCGAAUGAUGGAGGAAGAGCGGCUGCGAGAGGAACAGGAAGCCAAGGAAGCUGCUGACGAAGAUGCUCUUAUGGAAGAUUUCGGUGAUAUGAAUAACGAUUGGUGAUAGAGCAAUUAAUUUUUUUUAAUUUCACGUGUAUUUUAUAUUUUUAUGAACUUUUCUUUGUUCUCGAAUUUUCCAAAGCGUGAGACCUUUUUUUUAUCGAAUAAAACUACAUUCCUUAUU